UAGUUUUUGGGGCUUUGUACAUUUCUUCUUCUUCACUGUGAAAUAGUUGGCUGAAGAGAGAGGAAGGGAGGGGAAUAUGGCGUUGUCUAUGAUGAAAUGUGUAGCAAAAUCAGCAGCAUCUAAUGAUCAAACUCACAGUUAUGUUUUGAAGUUGUUGGCGUCACGAAUCACUCGCCGUUCAUUUGCUGCUGCCAAGGCUGCUUCUGCUUCAGAUGAGAGAAUGUCCUUCACCAGGUCAGAACACGACAUCCCAGACGACGCCGUCCCAACUUCCGGAAUAAGUCGUCCGCUUUUUGAUAUCCUCAAAGAACUCAACAAGAAAGUUCCCGACUCUCUCGUCAGAGUUCGCUCCGAACCUGAUGGUUUCCCCAUCAAAUACAUUCCCUGGCAUAUUGUGAAUCGAAUUAUGAACUUACAUGCUCCAGAAUGGUCUGGUGAGGUCCGAAGCAUCACUUAUUCUGCUGAUGGCAAUUCUGUUUCUGUUGUUUAUCGCGUAACUCUCUAUGGCACUGAUGCAGAGAUGUAUCGGGAGUCAACAGGGACUGCACCACUAAAUGUGGAAGGCUAUGGAGAUCCUGUGCAGAAGGCAGAAGCAAUGGCAUUUCGUCGGGCUUGUGCUCGUUUUGGUCUGGGGCUUCAUCUCUAUCACGAGGAUAUGUUGUAGUAAGACAAUGGACUUGUGCAAAGCAGGCUCAGGUAGGAAGGUGAUGCAUGGAUCCGAAGUCCUCAGCUCAUUUCCUUUUUGUUGUUGGGGUAGGUCAUAUGAAGAUGAUAUAUUUUAAUGGAAACAAAAAGACUUCAAUGUAACUCUGAUUGAUGCAUCAGUUACUGAAUUUUUAUGGCGGUAGAAUGUUGGGGAAUUGUUGGCCUAAUUAGCUGUUCUGUUUGUUUCAGAAAUCUUAUUAUUAUUAUUAUUAUUAUUUUUACUCAGUUAGAAAC